AUGGGUACGAACGUCUUUGCUGUCCAGGUCUUCUUCAUCGUUUUUCGCGAGUGCCUCGAGGCCUCCAUCAUCCUCUCUGUGUUGCUUUCCUUCCUGAAACAAGGCUUAGGUGGACCAGACCAAGAUCAAGCAUUAUAUAAACGACUCGUUCGCCAUGUUUGGUACGGGGCAUUUGCAGGCAUAUUCAUCUGCCUAAUUAUUGGAGGCGCCUUUGUGGGUGUCUUCUACGGACUCGGCCACGACGUGUGGACGCGCGCUGAGAAGCUAUGGGAGGGCAUAUUCUUCCUGAUUGCAUGCAUCAUUGUCACUGCGAUGGGGAUGGCUCUCUUACGAAUCAACAAGAGCAAGGAGCAGUGGCGUAUCAAGAUCGCCAAGUCGUUGGUCCAACAGAGCCAGAACAAAAAACAGUCCAAGCUGUUUGGUAAUUGGACACGGCGCUAUGCCAUGUUCUUGCUCCCAUUCGUCACCACUUUGCGGGAGGGAGUCGAGGGAGUUGUUUUUGUCAGUGGUGUUUCUCUCGGUUACCCAGCCACUGCGUUCCCCUUGCCCGUGGUCACGGCCAUCAUCGCAGGUUUGGCCUGUGGUUAUAUGCUUUACCGUGGUGGCAAUGCCAUGUCUAUACAGUUCUUCCUGAUCGCUUCAACAUGCGUCCUCUAUCUCAUUGCUGCCGGCAUGUUCUCCAAAGUUGUUUGGGAUCUUGAAUAUUACCGCUUCCAACAGGCUGUUGGCUCCGACGUUGCCGAUGUGGGUAGUGGGCCAGGCUCGUACAAUAUUUUGCAGACUGUUUGGCACGUUAACUGCUGCAAUGCAGAGACAGACAAUGGCUGGGAUGUGUUCAAUUCUAUUUUGGGUUGGGAGAAUACGGGCACCUACGGAUCUAUUAUUGCGUACAACGUCUACUGGAUCUUUAUCAUGCUUACUGUUGCAUACAUGUUAUGGGAAGAACGGUCGGGCAAGCGCUCUCUACGUGAGCGUAUCCUUAUGGUGUUGGUCAAGGUACCUGGCUUGAAGGGGUAUGCAAAGGCAAAACUCGAUGUUAUGCAGGAGAACCCAGAGGAUAUUCUUCGCCAGGUGCACAGUGGGAUAUUUAAUGGCGGUAUUGUCGAGCAGACUGUGGAAAUGAAAGGAGGAUGCAAAUGA